CAUCCUAGUUCACCUAGAUCAAUUCUAAGCAUCAAUAUAAUUAUCGUGAUACGACAAACCCGGUAUGCCGUGCUAAUCCCUCACCAGUUCUGAUCCUUCAAACACCGGUUUAACCUUCCCGUACUAAAACGUCAAUUUCACGAACGAACCCCGUAUUAAAAUUCGAGACCGUCCUAAUAUCCCCUGCAGUAUCCCCGUCAAUAUUAGUUCUAGGCUCCGGGUCAAAUUCUUGAUAAAAACACAUCAAACCCUGGCCGGAGCUAAAUUCAGCGAUUUGGACCCCCACCUAAAUAAUUGCCGAAAUUCAGGGAUUAGAACUAGAGGAUUGAUUACCUCGCUGCAGGAAGCUUGUAAAUGAAAUUUCGGCUCAAUCCGGCUACUGGAUACUCCGAAACCCUAAUUUGGCUUAUCGGAAAUUCAAGAAAUUCCUAAACCAAAAACUCGUUUUAAAGCUCUAAAUCGACAAAUCACGAUGUAUAGAUGAAUUAGGCAUUACUUACGGGAUUUUUGGGAUCAUUGUAGCUCAAAAAUUGAGCUUUGGAAAUUCUCUGUCGAGCUCCCCUGCUCGCUCUGCUUUCGGUCCAGGAAAAGGGAAAAAGAAUGAAGAUGGGAAAUAAAUGGACGGGCAAUUUAUAUGUCCGUCCCCGACCGAAUAUAUAUAUAUAAUAUGUAUAUUUAUCUGAUCGAUAAUCCGAUUUUCGCCGAAAUACUAUCUAAACGCUCGAUUUUAAAUCGAGAACUUUCUAGCGAUCGAAAAUAUGAGAUUUGUCGGAACGGGACGUUACAUUUGCAGAGAGAGUUUAGAGUGUUUUGAACAACAGCAAGGUACGCUUAUAAUUAUCAGUUAUCACAGUUAAGUGGUCACUUGAUUUGAUAGAAUUUCCAUCACCAAUUCAUGUUGCAGAAACUGAUAGAACACAUAACCAUAGGUUUUUCCAGCCGGGAUCAUAUAUGGUUAUAAAUUGAUCAUGUUUCUUGGGUCCAUAUUAGUUAGCAUGAACGGUCCAGACUCCACAUUGAUGAUGUUGUAAGGUCCGGAUCAUGCUAACUUUUUCCAAAAUAUAUGGCUGCUCUCUCCGUUAUCUCUUCCCCACAAAAGCAACAUGUUCUCUCUCUCUCUCCCUCUCACGUGCAGCUUACUUCGGAAAUCGUCAGGGAGGACGACGCUUGGGAGCUUGCGAAAUAAGAAGAGAAAGGGAACACUUUCUGACCAUGGAAGUCAUUAUGACUAUUUUGUAAUUUUCAACUAUCUAUUAUGUCUUCACUCCUCAACUAUAAUAGGAGAAGCCUGUCAGUUGCGAGCAUCCCUCUCUGAUGAAGAGGAGAUUCAGAACUAUGAUCCGAAUAGGACGAUGAGAAGACCCAUAUCUGCAAGUUUUGUUUUCGAAUCAGGUGAUUAUUUAUUCGCUUUCCUUCAUGAAUUGGGAAUUAUUUGGUGGUUUUCAGAAUCUUAAAUCGAGUAUUGUUUGAUAAGUUUCUAAGGAAACUACACUGCUUUUACAUGUCUGAAUAUUGAUUUUGCUUUGGAUUCCAGGUGAUUGACUGGACAAUAGUGUUACUGUCUUUCAUUUGAAAGCCGAUGGAGCUAAGGAUUAGAAAGCAAGCCCUUAACACUGAACUCCGCAAUCUACCAUCGCGUGGUUGAACUUUCAUCUUUCGCCAUGAUGAAUUACAUCUUGCACAUUAGUGAACUCUUUUCUCCCACGCCCAACACACUUUCCUCUCAUUAUCAAGAGAAUAGCUGGCGAUACGUUCAGUGUAGGAGAUUUAGACGUAUGAGGUAGUUGUUGAAAUCCUGCUGAGAUGUGCCUCCUAAUCUCCUGAUGAGUUCAUCAAAACAAAGUCCAUUUCAUCACAAGAAGGGCUAAUUACACGUCUACAAGCAAGGAGGUUAAGGGAGGAGUUUGCUGCCUAUUUGGAUUGUCACUUUGCUCAAAUGGACGUGAAUCAUCAUCAUGGGAAGACCAUUACAUUGCUACAACUCGUGGGCCAGCAUGAAGGAAGAAUGGGCUUGGAAGGAGGAGAGGAUUCGACUAAGGAAGAGGAGGGGAGUCUCAAGUGUGAAAAGGAUCAAGGUGGGAAAGGAAUCAAAGGUGGGAACACAAGGGAAGGCUAGAACCUAGGGAGUUGUUGACCAAGUCUUUUAUUUUAAGGAUUGUAUUUUUUUCCUUUUACUUGUAGGAUUUGUUUUUCAUUUUAAGCUUUGGAUUUGUGUUAGCUAGUAUAUAAAUAAGAGGUUAAGUUCCUCAUUGUAACUCAUUCAAUUAUCAAUCAACUUUCAAGUUACAAGUUCAUAUGAACUAGUUCUUUGUGCAAGCUUCUGUUGGGAGUGCUCCAGGAGUUUUACGUGUCUCUUAUCAACUAGAGAACGCAUCUAGUUGUGGCGAGCUUCUACCCAAUAGCGAUUGGUCUUAUUCACGAGUGGGUGAUUGUUUGAUUGGUUUCAUAUACCAAUUGGCCUUUCAAACGAGUUGGAAUCUGUUUGAUCGUGUUCCAUCAUUAUCUUUUAUUCGAGUUCUUGUUCGUUGAAGAAAAGCUUCGAAAACCCAUAAAAAGUAGGAAAGCUGCGUACUUUGGUCACAUCAAGUGGUAUUAGAGCUUGGUUCAAACGCAGUGGAGAAGAAGGUUAUUUGGCAAUCUUGUCGUGCUCUUGAAGGUUUUGACGUGACCGUGAAGGAUCUUGGAGGAGUCUUUACAUUCUUGAAGGUUCUUGCGAGCUAUCUUGAAGGAUUAAUUAGUGCCGCAAAUAUUGUAGACGAGAUCAAGGCAUUGACUGAUCAAAUCCAAGCGUUAAUUCAAGCACAUACCACCAGCCAGAUGGAGAUUCAAGCGGCGCUACAAGCUCAAAACGCAAGAAUGAAAGCUUGGGAAACACGGAUGUAAGCACCACCAAACCCUAACCCUAAUAUUGCUGCUGAAAGGGCUAGGAGGGAAGAAGAAGAUCAUGGAGAGAGAAGGGUGGUACAACGACCCGUAUUCGAACAUGCUAGGCGACAUCGGCCAAUGGGUGGACUACAUGCAAGACGAGGCCAACCUCGUGAUGAAGAGGUCGAAUAUGAGGAUGACGAGGGUUACCCUCGAGAUGAAGAUGAUGAUUUGAGAAAUAUUAAGGUCAACAUACCAUCGUCUAGAGGUUCUACUAAUCCCCAAGCUUACCUAGAUUGGGAACGAAAGAUGGAAUUGAUCUUCGAUUAUGACAACUAUUCUGAGAGAAAGAAAGUACAAGUGGCAACACUCGAGUUUACGGAUUAUGCCAUUGUGUGGUGGGAUCAUGUAAGAAUGAGGAGGAGGAAGAAUAGACAGCCGCCUAUUAAGACAUGGGCAUAGAUGAGAACUGUAAUGCGGGAUCGAUUUGUGCCUAGUUCUCAUCGUAGAGUGAUGCAUCAAGCCCUACAACUUCUGCACCAAGGUACCAAGAGUGUAGAGUAUUAUUAACGUGAGAUGGAGAUGCUAAUGAUUCGAGCGGAUUUGGAGGAAGAUCGGGAUGCUACCAUUGCACGAUUCUUAUAUGGGCUUAAUUGAGAAUUAGAAAUGUGGUGGAACUUCAUCCCUAUGCGGAUCUAUACGAUUUGGUUGCAAUAGCAUCCAAAGUGGAGAAACAACAAUGUAGUAACGUUGGGAGGAGAUUCACGCCACCACAAGCAGCACCAAGGCCAGGAACGCCUUCAACUUCAACCCUAGGCCAGCCAUAACGAAGCCAGAAGCAUCAAAAUAGGUAACCAAGGUUGAAGCACCAAGAGACAAGCCCGCAGGCUCUAGUGGAGGCAUUCAAUGCUUCAAAUGUCAUGGAAUAGGGCAUAUGGCAAACCAAUGACCUAAUCGAAGAGCUCUAGUCCUACUAGAGAAUGGUGAAUAUGUCUCGGAUUCCGAAGAAGAGGAGCACGAGAGGGAGCCAUCAGAAUCUGAAGUUGACCAAUCAAUGGAAAUGGAGCCCCCCUCCUGGAAGUUUGCUUGUCACGAGAAGAAUGCUAAGCGUGCAACCCAAAGAAGACCUCGAGCACAAUCAAGCAUCCCAAACCCUACAAGCUUCAAUGGCUCAACGAGGAUGGUUCAAUUAAAGUGGCGACGCAAA